GUCACGGAUUUGUCACGGAAUUUUUAAAAAAAAAAUAGUCACGGUCAGGGCCGUGACUUUGACCGUGACUAACAUUAGUCACGGUCCAUGACCGUGACUUAAUUUCUCCGAUAGGCCAAUUCCCGUUUCCGGCGCAGUUUUUUUGAUUCCGAUGAUUUAGUCACGGCCAAAUCCGUGACUAUGCCCGUGACUAUAAUUAAAAUUUAAUUUUUUUCAACUCCCUUGGUUAAUUCGCAACGGCAUUAUGUACGGAUAAUUGUAGUCACGGCCAUAUCCGUGACUAGUUCCGUGACUAUGUUGAUUAACACGUCAUUUACACGUAAUUAACACGUGUUGGACGCGUGUUGGACACGGUUUUGCUUAGUGACGGACAAAUCCGUGACUAAGUCCGUGACUAAAUUUUUUAUAUAUGCAGGAGCAGCUCAUUCAUUCAACAGAACCACACCAAUUCAUUCCCAGUAUAUACAGUAUCCGUAGAUCGAAGGAUGUAGUCUAUCUUCUAUCAUUUUCCCUGUUUAUGCAGAUAAGGCAUAAUGUAUAAAAAAAAUAGAAGUUGGAUGUAUGAUAAAGAUGCGGUAUUGUACGGAAUGCAAUCAAAUUUUCUCGAGGGAGUCGGAGAAUUUAUUGAAUUUGCACUUGAACAUCCGGCUUAUAUGAGUGGUGAUAAAAUAAGAUGUCCAUGUUCAAAGUGUAAAAAUCUCAAAUUUAAAGACCCACACGAAGUUGGGUAUGAUUUGUACGCGGUCGGUUUUGUUCCCAAUUAUUAUAAUUGGACUUCUCACGGCGAACCUUUGGAUCCAUCUGUUAUACCACAAACGGUAGGUUCGUCUCGUUACGUCCCUC